AUGAUGAAAAACCCAGAAUCAAGCCUGCCACCAGGGUUUAGGUUCCACCCUACAGAUGAAGAGCUCAUCCUUCACUACCUUACAAAGAAGGUGGCCUCCACACCCUUACCCGUUUCCAUCAUUGCGGAAGUUGAUAUCUACAAGUUUGAUCCAUGGGAAUUGCCAGCCAAAGCUGCGUUUGGUGAGAAAGAAUGGUACUUCUUUAGUCCUAGAGAUCGCAAGUACCCGAAUGGCGCGAGGCCGAACAGGGCAGCCGCGUCAGGGUACUGGAAGGCAACAGGAACAGAUAAGACGAUUGUGGCGUCAUUAGGAGGACGCCAGAACGUUGGUGUGAAGAAGGCUCUUGUCUUCUACAAGGGAAGACCCCCUAAAGGCAUCAAGACCAACUGGAUCAUGCAUGAAUAUCGCCUUCCAGAGAAUCCAAACAACUUCACCACCACCAGCAAAACCAUGAAGCUCAAAGAUUUAUCCAUGAGGUUGGAUGAUUGGGUUCUCUGUCGAAUCUACAAGAAGUCCAACGUCUCAAGUUCAGCAGCGGUGCCGCCAAUCGAUCAUGAAGAAGAAGUUGAAGAAGAAGAAGAUUUUCUCCAUGAUGUCCUGUUACCAAGCCUGAAAAGUCCCCUUCCCGGCCUUGGUCACAACAUGAGUAGUAACAAUACUGAUCUCAUGCCCCAGAAAUCUUCUUCCUUCUCCAACUUACUAGACGCCAUGGACUACUCAUUACUCACUAGUUUUCUGGCGGAUGGUCAAUACUCUAACCCAACUGGAACCGGACUCCAAUCAACUCCGAAUAGGUUUCCCUGUUCCGGGACUACUGGUUUGGACCAGAAACCGUUGUUCAUUAAUGACUAUUCCAAUAUCAUCAGCAGCAGCAGCAGCAGCAGCAACAGUCAUUUGCUUCAAAAGCUCCCUCAAUUCAAUGGUUUGAACUUGCCAGCAAUCCCAAGCACCGAAAACCGGCUCAAGCGCCAUGAUCAUCCAAUUGCAGAUGAUCAUGGCCUACUAUACCCAUCAAAGAAAUACGUCAAUUCUAAUUGCAGUUUCAAUCACGCAACGAUUCAGUCCGACAAUAUCUCUCAAGGACACUUACUCAACCAUUCAUUGCUGAAUCAUCAGCAAUUAGUAUUGAGUAGUCCUCAGUUCCAGUUUCAAGGAUAA